AUGAAGGUCAAAAGCAUGAACACUAGGGCGAUGAUAACCACUCUAUUGUUUCUAAUCAGCCUCGCCUUCGCUGAAGAUCCAUACAGAUUCUUCGAAUGGCACGUAACCUAUGGCAACAUAUCUCCUCUUGGUGUUGCGCAACAGGGUAUAUUGAUUAACGGGAAGUUUCCAGGACCAGACAUCAUCUCUAUUACCAAUGACAAUCUCAUCAUUAACGUAUUCAACCAUCUCGACGAACCUUUCCUUUUGUCUUGGAACGGGAUUCGAAAUUGGAAAAAUUCGUUCCAGGAUGGAGUCUACGGAACGAUGUGCCCAAUCCCACCGGGGAAGAACUACACUUACGCUCUUCAGGUUAAAGAUCAGAUCGGAAGUUUCUACUACUUCCCCUCUCUAGGAUUUCACAAAGCUGCCGGCGGAUUCGGAGGUAUCCGUAUCUCCAGCCGUGCAUUGAUCCCCGUCCCCUUCCCCACUCCGGCCGAUGAUUACACUCUCCUAGUAGGCGACUGGUACAAAACCAACCACAAGGACUUGAAGGCACAACUCGAUAAUGGUGGAAAACUUCCUUUACCAGAUGGAAUUCUCAUAAAUGGUCGUAGUAGUGGCGCCACUCUCAACAUUGAACCAGGUAAGACUUAUAGACUGAGGAUAUCAAAUGUUGGAUUACAGAACUCCCUCAACUUCCGAAUCCAAAACCAUACGAUGAAGUUGGUUGAGGUCGAAGGGAGAUACACUAUUCAGAAUCUUUUCUCUUCGCUUGAUGUUCACGUUGGUCAAUCUUACUCGGUCCUUAUAACAGCCGAUCAGCCUGCAAAAGAUUAUUACGUUGUCGUCUCUAGUAGGUUUACAUCAAAGAUACUCACUACUACUGGAGUUCUUCAUUACAGUAAUUCUGUUGCACCUGUUUCUGGACCUAUUCCAGAUGGACCAAUUAAGUUAAGCUGGUCUUUUAACCAAGCUCGAGCUAUCAGGACCAACCUUACAGCAAGCGGACCAAGGCCAAACCCACAAGGUUCAUACCGCUAUGGUGUGAUAAACAUCACCCGAACGAUCAGACUUGCUAACAAUCUUGGACAUAUUGAAGGCAAGCAACGAUACGCCGUGAACAGUGCAUCAUUUUACCCAGCAGACACCCCUUUGAAACUAGUGGAUUACUUCAAAAUUGACGGUGUAUACAAGCCUGGAAGUAUAUCUGACCAGCCCACAAAUGGAGCAAUAUUCCCUACCACAUCUGUAAUGCAAGCUGAUUUCAGAGCCUUUGUGGAAGUUAUUUUCGAGAAUUCGGAAGAUAUUGUCCAGAGCUGGCACCUCGACGGUUACUCUUUCUACGUUGUUGGAAUGGAACUUGGGAAGUGGAGUCCUGCCAGUAGAAAAGUCUACAAUCUAAACGACGCAAUCUUACGGUGCACUAUUCAGGUGUAUCCGAGAUCAUGGACUGCCAUAUACAUAGCACUGGACAAUGUAGGAAUGUGGAAUAUGAGAUCAGAGAUAUGGGAAAGACAAUACUUGGGACAACAGUUCUACAUGCGUGUUUACACAACCUCUACUUCUCUCAGAGAUGAAUACUUGAUCCCUAAGAACGCUCUUCUGUGUGGCAGGGCCAGCAGCAGCCACAGAUGA